AUGGGUGUUGCUGAAUAUCAUAUAAUGCUGGGAACUGAUCAUCGGAUUGCAACAGAUCCAUUGUCUAUGAGGAUGAGAGAAGAUCAAAUUAAGCAAAUAUGGAGUGGAGAUUCGGUUUAUCCAACAGUUAACUACAUUGAAGAUCCACAUCAAAAUGGAAAUAUAACAUCAAAGGAUGAAAUUGAUAAAACAUUGGCAUCAGAGAAGGUUGAAAAAGUAAAGUUUGUGAUGAUGAAGGUACGGGUAAAUCUGUUGACAUUGAUGAAAAUGAGAAUGGCGAGAAGUGCUCCUGACCUUUGCAAAUCAAAGACUUCGAUCAAGAUAAGGAUCUUGGAACGUAAUUUUACAAGUAAAUUAAUUUUCGGACCAAAGACCCCUUCAUUUAUUAUCUCUGUUUGUUGCGGGGGCCAAAGAAACAAGAAAGACAAGUUCGAGGGGUAAAAAUAGAGCUAAUAUAAACUAUCUGUUGCUAAUGUAGUUGUUGCUAUGUAACUGAUAUAAAUAUCCCUCGUAGUAGGCUGGACCGACAUCCAAACCUAAAAGAAGAAAAAAUAAAAUGACUCAGCGCCAACGGGCGCGCAUGAUUCCCAUCUAGUUAUGAUCAAAUAAGUAUCUUUUUUUAAUCGUUAACAAAUUUUUAAAUCUUAAAGGUUUUCAGUAUACCUUUAUUUACAAUAAUUUAUUUAUAGUCGUUUAACUUUCUACUAUAAUUAUUUAUUCUAAAAUCAAUUUUAUAACAUCC